AUGGGGCAUUCUUGACGCCAGGCCAAGGCCGGGCAGCUCCCAGGCGCAGCCAGGCCUCGGGGGCCCCAGUGCCAGGGGAGCAAAGGAGGCGUGCGGUGCCCCAUGGACGUACCGAGAGGGGCUGGACAGGGGGUCCGGAAAGGAGCAGCAGCUGCCACGAACCCUCCCACUGCAUAGGCCAGUAGCCAAGUGGGACACUAGGAUAUCCGCACGCUUGUCGACCCUGAAUGUUAACUUUUCUGGGGCACUUCCUGUCGUAGUGGGUUUGUCCCAGUAUCCUUGGCUAAAAUCAUUCCUCCCUAUUAUAUUAGUAGCAUUGAAGUGGUGCCUAAGAACCCCGUUCAUGGACUAAUACCUAAGUGUGCUAGGUGCUGUACAGACACAUCAAAAAGAUGGCCACUGCCUCAAAGAGUUUGCUGUUCACCUGAUCUUUUCCAUAGACAAGCUUGAUGUCAUGAUAUCCUGACAGAGGCUACUGAAAGGCUCAAAACAUUACAACUGCUGAUAUAUAGACAUCCACAUCUUUUGAGCAUCCUCCAGCACUGUCUCUAACACUGCCCACCACUUUUCUGUCCCAUCCGGAUAUGUUAGUAUUGAGCUGGAGACUGAUGGUAAUGGCCAGGAACUUAGUUUUAUCUCUGCUUACAACCAGAUCAGUGCAUGCUGCUUCUUGCCUAACCAGAUCAGUGGUCAGCUGCAGUGUGAUUUGCCAAACUGAGCCAAGCCAACAAGACAAUGUAAUUGGCAUAUUCAGGAUCUUGAAGCAGAAUGAUGUUCAGCACAGUGCCACUGAUAAUGGUCUCCUCAAGCUUAUCCAUCAGCCAGUCAGUGACAAUAUUGAACAAUAAUGGUGACAGAACACAGCCUUAACGAACUCCUAUAGCUUGGAGAUGGGACCCAUCUCUUGCUGCAAAGUUGCAGCUCUGUGGAACCAAGGAAGGUUGAAGAACACCAGAUUGAUGUUUUUGAUUCUCAUCUUCUCAGUCAGCUGCUCUGUAUCGAGGAGCAGGACAAGAUCUGAGAGGAAGACCAACAAAUUCUGAAGUUUGUGUACCAAGGAAUGUCGCUGCAUGGGCGGCGAGCACAUGGGCACCAAAAACUUUGGUGGUGUGACAAGAUUGCCAGUGAUGGGCUUGUGACCCAGGAGCCUCUUAAUGCCAACUGGCAAUGGGCACAACUGUAUUGGGUUGCAGGAAUCUCCUGAGUCAGAAUAUUGAAGCAUGUUUGUUCCAAGGUCUCUUAAAGUCAAGAGGAAUGCUGAUGAUGACCUAAGCUGUACAGCAAAAAUAAAAAAGUUGUCUUCUGGAGAACCCUCAUUAGUGGAGGCCACAGACUUAAGAGAUGUUAAGCCAACUAUAAAAGAUGCUUCUGCUUCAGGAUGUAAUUUAUAUAAAGCAGUACAAGAAUGCACAGAGCUACAAAUUUUUCCAGAUUCAGACUUCCCCUUUGCUGAUGAAUCUUUGGGAAGGGACAACCAAAAUGCUGAUGAAGACAGUUCCUCUGUAGAUGAACCCAUUAAAUCUUUCAGCAAAUCCCAGCGCUGGGCAGAACCUGGAGAACCUAUAUGUGUUGUUUGUGGUCGUUAUGGUGAAUAUAUUUGUGAUAAAACAGAUGAAGAUGUUUGUAGUUUGGAAUGUAAAGCCAAACAUCUUUUACAAGCCCAAGAAAAAGAAGGGUUAAACUCUGACAGUCUUGUGAAAGUAGAAUCAAAACCAGAAACUCUUUUGCCUGUCACGCUUUAUACCUAUAAAGAACAUUCCUUUAUUUUAAGCCUGCAAGAUGACCAGAUCAAGAACCUUAAAUUGCAGUUAGGUAUUGUUGUCCAGGGCGAAGGAGUUACAAGACCUAUUAUAGAGUUUGAACACUGUGGUUUUCCUGAAACUUUAAACUAUAAUUUAAAGAAUUCAGGCUAUGAAGUUCCAACCCCUAUCCAGAUGCAGAUGAUUCCUGUUGGACUUUUGGGAAGGGAUAUCGUGGCCAGUGCAGACACAGGCUCAGGAAAAACUGCAGCCUUCCUGCUUCCAGUUAUUAUUAAAGCCUUGGAAGAGACUAAAACUCCAUCUGCACUUAUUCUGACACCAACAAGAGAGUUAGCAAUUCAGAUAGAGAGACAAGCUAAAGAGCUGAUGAUUGGUCUGCCAAACAUGAGAACAGUUCUUCUUGUAGGAGGUUUACCACUGCCACCCCAACUUCAUCGUCUGAAACAAACUGUUAAGGUUAUAAUAGCAACACCCGGAAGACUCUUAGAUAUUUUAAAACAAAGCUCUGUUCAGCUCCAUGGUAUUAAAAUUGUAGUCGUGGAUGAAGCUGAUACCAUGUUAAAGAUGGGCUUCCAGCAACAAGUGCUGGAUAUUUUGGAAAAUAUCUCCAGUGAUCGUCAGACCAUAUUGGUUUCAGCCACAAUACCAGUUGGCAUUGAGCAGCUGGCAAAUCAACUUCUGCAGAAUCCUGUGAGAAUAACCAUUGGAGAAAAGAAUCUGCCAUGUUCCAAUGUUCGCCAGAUUAUCUUGUGGGUAGAAGAACCGUCUAAAAAGAAAAAACUAUUUGAAAUAUUAAAUGAUAAGAAACUCUUCAAACCUCCAGUGUUGGUAUUUGUGGACUGCAAGCUAGGAGCAGAUCUUCUGAGUGAUGCUGUUCAUAAAAUCACAGGAUUACAAUGCAUAUCCAUGCAUUCUGAUAAAUCACAAACUGAAAGAACAAAUAUAUUGCAGGGAUUAUUUCAGGAAAAAUAUGAAGUCGUAGUAAGCACUGGAGUCCUUGGGCGAGGACUUGACCUUGUCAAUGUCAAACUGGUAGUAAAUUUUGAUAUGCCCUCAAGCAUGGACGAAUAUGUACAUCAGGUUGGAAGAGCAGGAAGGCUGGGUCACAGUGGAACUGCAAUUACUUUUAUCAAUAACAACAGCAAGAAGCUUUUUUGGGAUGUUGUAAAGAGAGUAAAACCAACAGGCACGAUUCUUCCUCCACAGUUGCUAAACUCCCCUUAUCUUCAUGACCAAAAGAGAAAAGAACAACAGAAAGUUAAACAAUCACAGAAUAGUCUUGUAACAGGUGAUAAUCUUAUGGACAUUAUUAGAAAACAUGACAAAAGUAAUACUCAGAAGUGAUUAAUGGUAUUAUAUGUAUAAAUGUGUAAAUAUAAUGAAAGCACUGUAUUUCAGUAGUAAUUAAAUGUGAAUUUAUAUCAUUGGUAUAAGAUCUGUCAAAGUUAUUUUUGAGAAUGUGUAAGCUUUUUUCUGGUGAAAUCCUGAGUCUGAUUUUCAUCUCCAUCCCCAAAUAGUGCCUGAUCUAAAAGGACAUUCAAAAUCUAAAAAUUGCACUUCACUCUAAAAGUAUAGUAACAUCUACAAGCAUUUUUUCAGUUUUACUUUGUAUGGGUGACAUCUUCUAUAUAGUUAUUUUCACUGUUCCCAUUAAACAUAUAGUCUUCUUUCCUUGUUGUUUCUGUGGGGCUUUUGCACCGCAGUGGAAGAGAGAGGAAUAUUUUUAAAACAGGAAAAUUUGAUUAUAAAACUACAAAAAAAUGGCAUGGACAUGUUUACUAUCUGCAAAUAUUUUUAACUCUUGUUAAAUGAACUAUGUUUUAAGUUAAGAAUCUCCCUUUAAACCCUCAAAUCAGUAUAAUUAUCCUCAAUAUUGGGCACCCACACAGUUUUCAUUUAUGGGUCACAAUGAAUUAUUAAAAAUGAUUGCUUCUUGCCAUCUCAUGUCUGAAACCAGUAAAAAAAAAAAAAAAAUCCUGCUCCAGUACUCUAUAACAUCAACAAGAUUUUUUUCCCUGCUGUCAUUUGGGCUAGCAAGGACUGUGGUUUCUUCAACUUCAUAGCAGAGGAAUGAGGAAAAUUAGAUCUGUAAUUAAAACAUUAAAUUGUGAUCUCAUUCUGUUAAUGGGAACAUGAUUGGGCUGCUAGGGUGGAAUGUUAUACCAUAAAAAAAAAAUAGGGCUGUUGAUUUACCGUAGUUAACUGACAUGAUUAACUCAAAAAAAUUAAUCGCAAUUAAUCACAGUUUUAAUUGCACUGUUAAACAAUAAAAUACCAAUUGACAUUUAUUUA